AUGUGGUUCCCUGUGCUUGAAGCUCUCUGCGUGCAGGAUGGUGGCAAAGCAUGGCCCAAGGAUUUUCUUUUCCAGGAUGUUUGUGCUUUGCUUGUCCAAGCCUGUCAGCUGGUUAAUUUUGAUCAGGAACAUCUCGUCAGCAAAGUCUGCCAGCUUAUCCAUCACUUACUUAACAGAUUUCAGGUGAUAGUUGAUGAACAGAACUUGAAUUUUCUUCUCUCCUACUCCAUCUCUGCUCUUAAGCAAUGCAGCUCUUGGACACAUGUUGAAAUUCUGCAAGCCUUAGCAGCUCUUGUAUACAAUAAUGGACCUAAAUGUCAGAAGUAUCUCCCAGAUUUGCUGGGGAAGACUGGACUUCUGCUACAGUUCAGUGAUUCUGCUCAGCCAGAUGUGGAGCUCAGAAGGGCAGCAAUACGCAGCAUGGCAAACCUGUGUCUCAGUGUGCCUGGGCAGCCAUAUUUGGAUGAGUCUUACAGAAGUGUCUGUUUUCAAACUUUUCUAAGUAUUCUGCAGUCUUCGAAAACCUCUGAUGUAGACGACAUCACCUUUUGCAUGUUGCUGCAAAAUGCACUGAAAGGUAUCCAGUCACUUCUAAAUGGUGGGAAGAUGAAACUGAUGCAAACUGACCAACUUGGAUCCCUUCUUGCAGUAUUAAAGAAAUGUAUGUUUCAUGGACUGCCAGGACUGAGCAUAGAAAUGCCUCCUGCCUUGUACCCAGCUCCGUUACCUCAGUAUGAUAAAAGGUCGCCCGUCAAACAGGAACAAUCAGAAUUGACUGCCUUUAAGCAAACAGGGAAUCGAAGAAAGAAGUCCAAAGGGAAACAAAAGAAGGGAGAGUUUGGGGAAGACGCAAAAGAAGAUUUGGCUGAUACAGAGAAUGAAUCAAUCCAUGGAAUAGACAUGCUGAAAUUACGCUUGGGGGAUGUGCAGAACAGUCCUUGUUCAGAUCCUCGGACUCAUGCGUUAGAUGUUGCAUACACACCUGCUGGAAAGGAUCAUUUAUCUUCACAUUAUAAUAGUUGGAAAAGAAUCAGCAGCAGUGAGUCGGAGUAUUCUGAUGCUGAAGGCGGAAUACAAAGCAAAACGAGAUCUUAUCAAGCCAAAGUUCGUCAGGGGGCUCUGGCCUGUUUCCUCUCUGCUAUAAAAUCGAUAGAAAAAAGAAUUCUUUAUGGCUACUGGUCAGCAUUUGUUCCUGAUGCACCUGGUAUUGGCAGCCCCCAGUCGGUGUCCUUGAUGACUAUUGCUUUAAAGGACCCUUCUCCAAAGACACGUGCCUCUUCUCUUCAAGUUCUCUCAGCCAUACUGGAAGGUUCUAAGCAGUUUCUUUCUGUUGCUGAGGAUGCUAAUGAUCACAAGAGAGCUUUUACUCCCUUCUCUGUAACUAUUGCUUCUAGCAUCCGAGAGUUGCACCGCUGCCUGCUGCUAGCCCUAGUAGCAGAAUCUUCCUCCCAAACGCUGACACAAAUAAUCAAGUGCCUUGCAAAUUUGGUUUCAAAUGCACCAUACAACCGUUUAAAGCCUGGUCUGCUGACAAGAGUUUGGAACCAGAUAAAGCCAUACAUUUGUCAUAAAGAUGUUAACGUUCGAGUUUCUAGUCUCACAUUAUUAGGAUCUAUAGUAUCCAUCCAAGCACCUUUACCAGAAGUGCAGCUGCUUUUGCAACAGCCCAGUUCUUCAGGACUAAAUAACAGUGGUACUGGAACCCCUCAUCGUUUUAAUUCUUGUGAGCAGCGGAGAAAAACACUUCCCUUGGAAGGGGAGCCUCCAGAUAACCCAGGGAAUAUGUCUUCAGAACCAUGCUGGCUCAUCCGUCUCUGUAUUUCCAUCGUUGUUCUACCCCGAGAGGAUUCCUGUUCUGACAGUGAUGCUAACUUUCCAUCUGGAAGCGUUUAUGAACCCUCUCCUGUUCGACUGGAAUCCUUACAGGUGUUGGCUCUUCUUGUAAAAGGCUAUUUCUCUAUGGCUCAGAGCUAUUUGCUAGAGCUUGGAGAAUUGGCUUGCAAAUGCAUGGAAGAAAUGGAUCCAUCUAUUCAGCUUCAUGGAGCCAAACUUCUGGAGGAGCUGGGCACAGGUAUAGUACAGCAGUACAAGCCUGAUUCAGCCAUUGCCCCUGAUCAGAGAGUACCAGUCAGUGUGGUUGUAGCUUUCUGGACUAUGAUGUUAAAUGGCCCUUUGCCUGGUGCUCUUCAGAAUUCUCAACAUGCAACUCUUCAGACGAGUGCCUGUGAUGCUCUUUCUUCUAUCUUACCAGAAGCUUUUAGCAGUCUGCAGAAUGACCGACAGAUACUGUGCAUCACUCUGCUGCUUGGCCUGAACCACAGUGAGAACCCCCUGGUAAAAGCUGCUGCCGCACGUGCACUUGGAGUCUACAUCCUCUUCUCUUGCCUUCGGCAGGAUGUGAUGUUCGUGGCAGAUACAGCAAACGCUAUCCUGAAUUCCCUCCAUGACAAAUCUCCAAACGUCCGUGCCAAAGCAGCUUGGUCCCUGGGCAAUCUUACAGACACUCUGAUUGUCAACAUGGAGACAAUGGGACAAAGUUUUCAAGAGGAAUUUUCUGAUCUCCUACUGUUGAAAAUGUUACGGUCAGCAACUGAAGCAUCCAAGGACAAAGACAAGGUAAAGAGCAAUGCAGUCCGGGCUCUUGGGAAUCUGCUUCAUUUCCUUCAACCGUAUCAUAUAACAAACCCCAGAUUUAGGGAAACCAUCGAGGAAUCUAUUCAGGCCCUUAUUUCUACUGUUCAGAGCGAGGCCACUAUGAAAGUGCGCUGGAAUGCUUGUUACGCGCUGGGGAAUGUAUUUAAGAACCCUGCCUUGCCGCUCGGAGAGGCUCCAUGGACCACACAAGCAUAUAAAGCACUCUCCUCAGUAGUGAAGUCAUGCAAGAAUUUUAAAGUCCGAAUCAAAUCAGCCAUGGCUCUCUCCAUCCCUAGCAAGAGGGAAUGUUAUGGACCCACUGAACAGUUCUGCCAGAUCUGGAGUGCCUUGGUGGUAGCCUUGCAGAAAAGUGAAGACACUGAGGACUUUCUGGAGUUUAAGUACAGUGCCAGCCUCAGAACACAGAUCUGCCAAGCUCUGAUUCAUUUGUUAAGCCUGGCAAAAACCACAGACCUGCCGUUCAUUUGGGAAACCAUAACAGAAAAUGGGGAUGCAAUCAAAUCCUAUGUCUUGCGAUAUAUGAAAUCUGGAGGUGAAGAAAACGAACUAGGAAUGCACACAAACUUGUGUGAAAGGGAGAAAGUAUUGAGAGGAGCUAUUGAGCAUCUCUGUGGGAUAGAGAAGCAGCUGGAGGGCAAAGCUAGAAUAAGAGUGUCUGUUUAUCUAGAAGAUAUUUUGACAAACCAUGUCAAUGCCACUGAAUUAACAGAGGCUUAGAAACAGCUCUUUUAGUGACCAAUAAAUUAUGCUUCUGACUGUACAGAGGAGAAACACACUGCUUUUAUUUACACAGGGUAUCCAAAGUGAAAUUCCCCGUUGAUGGUAUUAAACCAUUUAUUCAAGUCAUUCAUAACUUCUGAUGAAAUGAUUUGUAAAACUUCAUUUUUCAAUUUGCUUGGUGAACUAUGUUGUCCUCAGUUGGUUUUGUUGGUAGCUAAACUUUUAGAACGUUACGACUUUGAAAACAAAUGCCUUUUCAUUCUUGAUAUAUUUUAUACAAACAGCCUGUUUUAUGAGCUUAUUUAAAAGCAUUCUGUUACCCUUGCUGCUAUUUUCAGAAUCGUUUGUAAAGAAGAGUCUGGCAGAAUUGGUUUUGUCUGCCUUUACCAUACUAGAAACCUGACUGACAACAACUAUGGAGUUGGUAUUUUGUUUUUCUGAGCACUGCAUAGUUUGUCACUCUUAUGUUCCUACAAUAAACCUAAAUAUGCCAAUAUUUGAAUAAUAGCUUAAAGUGAACAUGCUUUACCUUUAACUGUCCAUGUUCCUCAUAUCUGACACCUGGCCUGCCCCUCCCUACCGCCUUUACUCAUCCUGUCUUCCAAAAACUAAAUGUCUUGUUUCCAGGUUGAUGGUACUGCACAACAUAAGCCAGAAAAUUCAAACUAGGUUCUCUGAACUAAGACGUUUUGACUCUUAAGAAAUCAAUACUGCCACUGGGAGCCUGUUACCCAUGAAGGAACGAGGCCCCUAAAAAGGCAUGCUACUUACCUACUCUCCCUUUGGUAUGCGCUUACUGUGCUGUUAACCUAUGGAAGAUCAAGCUCUGUGACGCUGCUGGGGCCAAAUCAAUACCUCCAGGGACGACCGAGUCUGUGAGGCGUUUUGAGAGUUAAAUGGAUACCUCUAGUAGAUGUCCGAACAGACUUCAGCUCAAGCCCUACCUGUCAUAAAAGCUCGUUGGCAUACAAAAUUGUUUCCGCUCUCCCCCUUGCCCCCGGGAUCAGCGUGCCUAAAACUGUCUGAAUACCCUAAACUCAUUCAGGUUAGUGGAAUCGUGUCUAGCUCGCCCUUUGCACUGGGUGUAUGGGGCUGUUUCCCGGUGCUCUGCCAGGAAUCGACUCGUCUCACUUUGUAACAGUCUGCAGCGGGAACGGAUCUGCCCG